AGGGAGAGAGGGGGCGGGGCAGAGAAGGAGGCGGAGACGCUGCUAGGCAACCGGCUCCUGAACAUUCCACUCCGCUGAGCAGAGACCGUUAGGAUUUAAAAAUGCCAAAGUUCCGAGCGGCGUCAGGCGCUUCGUUUAAUUAACAAACCGUUGCUGACAUUUUAUUUUUGAAGAAAAUCAUAUUUUAAAUACUCAGAUAGCAUUGUAUUAAAAUAAAUAAAUAAAUAAAUAAAUAACUUCAGUUCCAGACAGUUUUCCAACAAAUAAAAGAAGGUUGUCAUGGCAGCGCCGAUCAUCACGGGAGUGGUUAUCCGGGACAAACGCUUCCUUCGCUGGGUCGGAGAAACGCUGGAGUUCCGCUGGCUUCGCAAUAAGGAUUCCGAGGAGAGGAAAGGACUGCUGGAAGACUUGCUGCCAUCUCUAGCCUGUGGAGCAGUCACAGGGAAUGACUUCCUGUCUCUACAGGAAAUACUAAGCCGGGUUGAUGUAAACUGUGGUGACUAUGACGGCACCACCCCCUUGCACAUGGCAGCCAUCUGUGGCAACACCGACAUGGUCAAAUUCCUGCUGGCCAGGGGGGCGGAGCCCACAGUGAGAGACCGGUUUGGAGGUACACCCCUGUAUCUCGCUAUCAAAUACAGAAACUACGAUAUUAUAAAGAUCCUUCGAGCUAAGGGGGCCUCGUUAGCUCUCCCUCCUGUUAGAGUCGGCCUAGAGAUCUGCAAUGCAGUAGCCACGAAGGACUUCCAGCUGCUGCACGGGUGGUUUCUGUCGGGAACAAACCUCGAAGAGGCCGACUACGACACGAGGACUCCGAUGCAUGUAGCCGUGUCGGCCAACGAUCCAGAGAUGGUGGAGAAACUGCUGUACUACGGAUCCACACCACUGGUGAGGGAUAAUUGGGGUCGCACAGCGGUUGACGAUGCUCGCAGGGGAGAGUUGCAGGAAAUCCUCAAGAUCUUCCACCCCAAGUACACAGAGCAGUUCCCCACCAUGGAGGCAUACCAGAAAUUCAAGAGCGAGCACAGCAGCGGCGAGAUCUGAGCGCUCAGUGUGCAUCCCCAACCACUGCCAGUCUGCCUGCACAGAGGCACACAGCCUGACAAAUAAAUAAAUGGCAAUGGCAAACGUUUCCACUAGUCUUUCUCCGCGUUUUUAGUGUAAAUUCAAUGGCAAACAUUUCCACUAGAAGUCUUUCUCAUCGUCUUCAGUUUGUCAUUUAAGUUUUUUUAGCAUUUCUAAGCUUGCAUGUUUAACAGUAAUGGAUGAUAUCUGUACUUCGUUUGAAACUUAAAGUGGGGAUCUGAGCAGGAUUGCAGGCCCUGUACACACUCCAGUUAGUUUACAUAUCCCCCUCCCCCUCAAAGCAGUCUGAUUUCGAAAUACUAAAAGAAACAAAAUAGGUUGAGUUCAGAUGUAUUUAAAUUGUCAUUUUUAUUCAUCAUACUAAAAAUAUAAACCAUUUGUGCCUGUUGUUUUUUUAUUAUAUUUUAGUUUCUAUGAUGACGGUUACACAGACCACUGAAACCAAUUUCAGUUCUUAUUAAAACAAUUCUACUGUAGCUCAUAAAAUAAUUCCCUCAAUGUUACCGGUCCAUCACUUCCAUUUGCUACACAGCUGUCACAUGUGCAGUUUUUGAAAAAUGUUGCAUCAAAAUACGGAUUUUCAUUGCACAAGCCAGGCUUUCAAAAUCUUACUGGAACGUAAACUUUUCAUUUUAUAGCGUGAUAUGUGCUACAGUGCUACACCCAGUUUAAUGAGAUCUCUGUUUGCAAGCCAUGGUUU